AUGGAUGACCAGGUGUGCCCGCGAUGCAAAACCACCAAAUAUCGCAAUCCGUCGCUUAAGCUGAUGGUGAACGUUUGCGGCCAUACGCUAUGUGAAAGCUGCGUGGAAUUGCUUUUUCUCAAGGGGUCGGGCUCGUGCCCAGAAUGUAACGUUGCGCUGCGAAGAAGCAACUUUCGAGUUCAGUUGUUUGAGGAUUCGAACGUCGACAAAGAGGUACAGAUUCGCAAGCGCAUCCUGAAAGAUUUCAACAAAAAGGAGGACGAUUUUGCAAACCUCGACGAGUACAAUGAUUAUCUGGAAAUGAUCGAAGAACUCGUGUUCAACCUAUGCAACAAUAUCGACAUCAUUAACACAAACAAGCGGAUCGAGCAGUACAAGCGCGAUAACCGAGACAUGAUCAUGAAGAACAAGUUGAAGCUGAGCAAGGACGAGCUAGAACUCGAGCAGAUCGUAGAGUACGAGAAAGAGCAGUUUGAUCAGCGCCGAAAAGAACAGGCCAUGAUCGAGGCGGAAAACCGGAAACAGAAGACAAAAAAUAAGGAAGAGCUUAUCGACUCCCUGAUGGCCAGUUACGAGGAUGCGAACGCCAUCGUGGACAAAUUCACGCAGAAAGCUGAACAAGCGCAGAUUCAGUUACCUAAACCGGUGGCACCACCGCCCGUCGCUAAACAUACGCACUUUUCGUCGGGAAUUGCGACUGGAUUCCAGGGCCAGCACGGUUUUCUGGCGGUGCCAAAGCUUGAGGAAGGCCCGCUGUACGUGUACGAGUCACAGGAGUUUUCGACGGAUGGACCGACGCCACCAUCGUUAUCAGAAGUCAUUAAAGAUGGUUACAUAAAGCACAUACGGCCUGAGAAUCUGGCAGAGAAAGCUGGUGGUUUUCAAACGAAUGUAUCCUGUCUGCGGGCUAUCCACGAGGCGUUGGCGGGAUUGUAUCAUGGUUAA